AGUGGAACUAGCUAACGGUGACAUGAGGUCGCGCGGCGGGCUGGCGCUCAGUUUGGACGCGGAAACAGUGAGGCGAAAACAUGGCUUACGUAGCGGCAAUCCUCUUGGCUUUCUUCGCAGCGGCUAAUGCCCAGAACAACUGCCCCAACAUAGUGGCGCGGCGAGGCUGGGGAGCACGUCCGGCGAAGCAAGUGGAGUACAUCAUCAAGCCAGUGCAGUACGUCGUCAUCCAGCACACCGUCUCGCCCAUCUGCACCUCCAUGAACGCCUGCGCCGAGCGCGUGCGCAGCAUCCAGGCGCAGCACAUGACCAACCUCAAGUUCGAGGACAUCGGCUACUCGUUCCUGGUGGGAGGCGACGGCAACGUGUACGAGGGGCGAGGCUGGCACAAGCAGGGCGCCCACACGCGCGGCUACAACAAGAACUCCAUCGGCAUCGCCCUCAUCGGCGACUUCACAGAUACUUUACCACCACGGGCACAAUUGGAGGCACUGAAGAAGCUGCUGGAGUGUGGCGUGCAGUUGGGGGAGCUGUCAGAGGACUACAAGCUGUUGGCAGCACGCCAGGUAGUGGCCACACAGAGUCCUGGAUUGGCCCUCUACCAGGAGCUGCAGACAUGGCCUGCCUGGGUUGAGCAGCCCUGAAGCUGCUGGAUUGACUUUGAUUCCACCUAUCUCAGUGCCACAUCUGUAUAUGAUGUUUCCAAUACAUCUGCUGAAUGAAAGUUUUAUUGAUUAUUGGCAAAUCUGACGUCUUAUAAUCCAUCUCAAAGAGAAGUUUUUCUCCACUUGGUACAAAAAGCUUUGAGUGAUAUGUUACUUUAUUAUCUGAGAAACACAAGUUAGAUGAAAUUUGUUACUCUAAGGAUAUGGAGUUUGGCAUGAAAGAUAAAAAAUUGUUAAUUAUUAAUAAUUCUUCCUCUUGGCCCCCUCCUCCAUACACACACACACACACACACACACACACACACACACACACACACACACACACACACACACACACACACACUCUCUGAUUCAAACACAAAUAACAUAAGAAAAUGCAGAUAAUCCAGAAAAUGUAUAUCAGAUUUAUAGAAAAAUAUUAGAGAUAUCAUUAUCUUAGAGAUAUCAUUAUCGUUUUUUACCCAUAAGAAAGUAAAAUACAAAAUGCUGUAGUCCACAGUAAUUUUUAAUGGUACGGAAUGUUAAAAACUGAAUUGAUAGGACCUUUCCUAAUUUUACUGAUUGUAAAAAGUGCAAGCAAAAGUAGAAUUAAUGUUUUAGUUCUGUCUUACAAACAAAACCACUUUGACUUAAAAUUCUUUACAUCUAUAUGUCUGAGGGUAAACUCUAGCACAAAAAAAAUAUACCUUUGAAGGAAAGAGAAUAAUAAUGUGAAUUGAGUAGUCUGACACAACCUGUACCUCAGUUACCAUUAAAGUAUCAACACCUUAAAAAUUUAGUUCUAAACUGGUAGUAAUCUUACUAAUUGCCAAAUUCAUGACAAUAAUGAAUAAUAAACUUCUGGUUAUUUCAUUAUAAGGCCAGUUUGAAAUUAAUAAAGGUUAAGAGUAAUUCAGAACGACCUACUUUACAUACAGCUGCAAUGCAUUGGUUCCUAAAAAAAAGAUACUGAGAAAAUAGAAUGUUGUACAAGAAAUUAUUUAAUGUGACAAAUUAUGUAAUUUGCAUAUUCACAGUAAAUAAAAUUUCCAAAAGUAA